UCUGAGAAAUAUAGGCAGCAUCCCUUCCAGCUCAUGCAUUCAGUCCCACAGCUGCCCCCAUAAGACACCAAGCCGCAGCUGCGCUGAUCACUGAUCCAAGGUGAACCCUCACACACACAUACACACACACACAUACACACACUGCCGGGAUCUUUGCUGGAAAUCGGAGCACACUGUCGGAGACGCAAUGUUGGUCAAACUGGCCGUGGCGCUGCUGGUUUUGUCAGUGCUGGAGCAAGUGGUGGGAUCGGAUAAUACUGAUAUCCAUGACAGCCUCCCGGAGAAGCCUGCGAGCCAGAAAGGACGCCUCUCCCUGCAGAAUACAGCUGAGAUCCAGCACUGCCUGGUGAGUGCAGGGGAUGUCGGCUGUGGUGUGUUUGAGUGCUUUGAGAAUAACUCCUGCGAGAUACGAGGGCUACAGGAAAUCUGCAUGACGUUCCUGCACAACGCUGGCAAAUUUGACUCUCAGGGGAAGUCCUUCAUCAAGGAUGCUCUGAAAUGUAUGGCACAUGGGCUACGGCACAAGUUCAGCUGCAUCAGCCGGAAGUGUGUUUCCAUUAAAGAGAUGGUGUUCCAGCUCCAGAGAGAGUGUUACAUCAAACACAACCUUUGCUCUGCUGCAAAGGAGAAUGUGGCCGUCAUGGUGGAGAUGAUCCAUUUCCAAGAUCUCUUCCCUAAAGGUCCAUAUGUGGAGCUGGUGAAUAUUCUCCUAAGCUGCGGAGAGGAGGUGAAGGAGGCGUUGACACGGAGUGUCCGGCUACAGUGCGAGCAGAACUGGGGGGCUCUGUGCGACAGCCUGAGCCUCUGCUCCUCCCUCGCCCCGUCUCCCGCCGGCACCGCCGUCGAACAACACCGCCGCCCCUUGCCUUCCCACCCUGAGCCUGAGCAUCCUCGCCCCCCGCGGCAAGGUGAAAAGGACAAACCCGCUAAGGCGGGCUUCAACACUCACCCACGCAACCGCAGUCAGGGACCCCGCCGCCAGAGCCCAGAGGCCGGAGUCGUGGCCGAGCAGGAAGACCCCGAGGCCACCGAUAUCCGGAGGUGAAAGCGCAGAGACUGUCCCGACCUUUGACCCCCUACGACGUUUAAAAACCACACUUGCAGACUUAUGCACAACUCCACACUUCUCCACACACACACACACGCUCACACACACACACACACACACACACACACACACACACACACACACACACACACACACACACACACAAAUUCCCAGACAGACUGAGCAGAAGGAAACAAGCCCCGACCUUUCCUGUCCUUAUUCCGCCCUCUCCAGUCAUUCCAGCAGUCCCACAUGGUAAACUUGCAGGGUAAUUGUGGUGUAGCUUGUACUGUUAUGCCAGACUGUAGGCCACGAUUUUUUAAAAUUGAGUAAUAAUUGUUAUUAUCAUGAUUAUUUCAACUGUUAGGACUAUUUUGGCUCUAAUAUAGCAUUUCUCAAAUCAUACUUACUGUAAGAUUUGAUUAUAUUUGUAUUAUUUAUUUUAUUCUGUAUGCAAUGUUGAAGUAUCAAAAUGUACAUAGAAAUAUACUUAUCUAUAUUUAUAUAAACAUGUAUAAAUAUAGUUACAAUAUGCAAUACUGAUAUACUAUAGAUGACAUAGUAUAUGGUGUGCUGUCUGUUGUUCUCUUCACAGUAUUGCACCCAUCACACAUCGGUCUGUAGAUAUGUAACAUACACCAUUUGUUGUUUCAAAGUGGGAAUGUGUAUUAUAAUUAUAGAUACUUGAUGAUUAAAUACAAAUUGUACAGGUUUCAAGUCCAGUUCUGGCACAUAUGAAUUGUAGUGCAUGAUGGCCACGAAGCCAACAAACUUGUGCAUUCUUCAAGUGAAAAUCCACUCUAAAGAGGAUGCAAAUGUAAUACUAUGAAUAUGGACAGUUAUUUCACACUUGUAUGUAUUGAUAAGUCUCUCACAAAGCUAGAAAUAAGAGAGCCAAGACUGAUCUCUGAUGUCAUCGAGCGCCGCUGUCUGGGCAGCAACGAACGGGAGACUCUUUGUUUCAUAAGUGUUAGUGCAACUCUGACGUGAUGCAGAAAGUAUCUCGUCACUAUCAUUCAUUGUUAAUCGAACUUCAGGAGCUGCGUCUCGGUGACAUUACAGAUUCAUGUUCAUAGCUUCAGGAGACGUUUUUUGUUCUUGUUCACGAAUAAUAAUUGAACUGUCAGAUGUUAUACAUUCUCUUUGAGUUGGUUUUCCAUCUAACUGUCAGCUAUCAGUGAACUGCAGCAAAGAGAGGACGCUCAAUGAAGUCCUUUCGCAUAUAAAGUCACACACAUCAAGGUGCCUAAACUUGUUAUUGUCCACGGUGACCGCUUCUCUGUGAUUUAAGUGAAUGGAUGAUACUGUGUCGUGGGGGAGAUUUAAUGUUGAGCUAUUUUACGAUGAUGUUGAGCCACAGAAGUCUUAGAUUUUGCACUUUGGAUGAUUGUUAGUUUGUGUUGGACCGCUGCAGGUUAAGAAGUAAGACCAGGUUACCAGAGCAGUCGCCCUCUAAUCAGACCUUACUGUAUAGGAUGUUUAAUUUGAGCAACCCCUGGUUUUCCUUAUCAGCUUACAGCACCAAGAUUUGUAUCCCCAAAUGCUCCUUAGGACCAGAUUGAGCCUCUUCUUUAGAAGAUCAAUGUUACCCUUUUGUGGUGUCCCAGUGGGCAGGAAAGAGGCUUGACAGAAACCCUCCAGAUCUCUGGCCCCUCUAAAUUAGCCCUUAUUCCUCUCUGGUCCCUUACCUAGGUCAGGAGAGACAUGAAGGCCUGUUAUUCUACCCGUUAGAGCCGCAGGCAACGCAGCGAGGAACCAGGAACUGGGUUAAGUCCACACACGGGGGCUCUGGCGCUGUUAUUCUAAAUGUUAUAUUUACCGAGGCCACCAGAGAAUUCCUCUGGGCCACAGCCAAGAGCCAGCAACACAGAGAGGUAGAGAGGAGUGGAGCAAAAAAAAAAGAGAGAGAGACAACUUUUUUAUGUGAUGAUUCACUCCAUCUUCUCCUAGUAGUCUUCUUCUCUCCCUCCUCUAGGUCACAGACACAGGCUUUUGACCAUUUCAGGCCAGUCACAUGCUUUUAGCUGUGGAAGUGUAGUUUGUGAGCGUACAACACCACAUGCUGGGGAGCGAUUGGUGCAAGCAGAAAAUAAAACCUGCUCAGAUUUUGUGGCUCAAUUACGUUUUUUUUGUUUCUGAUGUACUUACAGUAAGGUAAUGUUUUCUCCUCCCAGUCAUUAAGAGACUAUAAUAAGCUCCGAGGGUUUGAAUCAUCAGUGAGGCUUUCAGGCUUUUCUUUUUUUUAUUCUGUUGUGGAAGUUGGGAUUCCUGUGACAUCCCAACACAAGACAUAAGCUAAUCCUUUUUGAGAAUGUACUGUAUGUGUGUAAAGUGACAAUCUGUUCAGCUCUCUGUCAUUAGGUUUGAUAUGGCUUUUUGUAAUAAUGUAGUGGCUUGAAUGGCUUUUCUUUAUGUGUUCAGAGGAAAAUAAAACUAACCACAUUUCCGGUAUUGUCAGUGCUCCAUCACCACGUUGCGAGUUUUCCUCCGUUCAGCACAAGGACUCUGCUUUCACCGUUGAAAAUACAGAACAUGGUCUAGAAGUUUGUAACUCACCUGUAAGACAUUGGGCAUACGAUCCCAUGAAUAACUUUGGACUCAUGAAGUAAGAUGUAUCUUGUUAUCAUUAAAAUAUUUUUGUCUGUA